ACGGUGUCGGCUUCUCUGACGCUCCCCCCUGCCUUUCUCUCCCUGAAUGCCUUCAUCUGUAUUCAGGAAAACUGCGGCUAUUAAUGGUUGGAGGAGUGAAUACUUUAAAGGGAACAAUGGAUUCAAACGAAGCAAUUAAAGCACACACCAUCUUCUAGGUUUUGAAAAACGAGUUCUUUUUAGUUGUUGUGUAUAAUAUAAAAUAGUGUCAAGUUUUUUGCAUGAAUUGCUUGGCUACGACCAUAACCAUCACUUUCAAACCAACAUUGAUCUCGGAUAUGGCCGUGGCUAUUGAUCCAUUCAGUGACAAGUUCCCUUACUUCAACCGUUCCUCACAAAGAUGCAGACUCCAAUCCCUCACCAACCUUGACUUCAGCUUCCUUCAAUCCUUUAAACCAAAACCUGAAGAUGACAACAUCCAUAGAAGUGUAUCUUCUCCUUGCUUCUCUAUAGCUUCCUCUGCUAACAUGGAGGAAGAUAAGAAAGCAACCGCUGCUCCACGGAUUGAGAUUCUUGGUGGACAGAGAGUUCCCACCGUUCGUGCCCUAGUGGCUGAGGUGACCAUGGCUAUUGUCUCCGGAGCCCAGCCUAUGCUUUUACCAAGUGGCUUGGGAGGUGCCUAUCUUCUCCAAACCGGGAAGGGUCACAACAUUGCUGUGGCUAAACCGGUUGAUGAGGAGCCUUUAGCUUUAAACAACCCUAAAAAGUCUGGAAGUUUGAGGCUAGGGCAACCUGGAAUGAAACAUUCUAUUCCUGUUGGUGAAACUGGUGUAAGAGAGUUAGCUGCUUACUUACUUGACUACCAAGGCUUCUCUAGUGUUCCACCAACAGCUUUGGUUAGUAUCUCACAUGUUCCUUUCCACGUCAGCGCCGCCUUCUCCUCUGUGCCCUAUAAGGUUGCUUCCUUGCAGAAGUUUGUGUGUCAUGAUUUUGAUGCUGGAGAGUUAGGUCCAGGAAGCUUCACGGUUGCUUCGGUUCAUAGGAUAGGUAUACUUGAUGUGAGAGUCUUGAACCUUGACAGGCACGCAGGGAAUAUGCUAGUGAAGAGAUGUGAACAAGACGAGGGAGUUGGAACUGCUGAGCUUGUCCCUAUAGAUCAUGGUCUAUGCCUCCCUGAGUGUCUAGAUGAUCCUUACUUUGAGUGGCUUAACUGGCCUCAAGCUUUGGUUCCAUUCACUGAAACUGAGCUGGAGUAUAUAUCUAAUCUAGAUCCUUUCAAAGACGCGGAGCUUCUUAGAAAUGAACUGCACUCUUUGCCUGAAUCUGCCAUAAGGGUCCUUAUAGUAUGCACCGUUUUCUUGAAACAAGCAGCUGCUUCAGGGCUUUGUCUUGCAGAGAUAGGUGAGAAGAUGACUCGGGACUUCGCUAGAAGUGAAGAUAGUUUCAGUCUCUUGGAGACCCUUUGCACCAAAGCAAAAACAACUGUAGUUGACAAAGGAAAUGAAGUGAAAUGUGAAGUGGAGAUCUCAGAGAUCAUUCAUGUAUCUAAACCACCUUUGGCUCCCAAAGGACCACAUGCAAAAGAAAAGAAGAGAGGAAACACCAUGAGGAGCAAGAGCCCAUCAAUGAGUGUGCAAUAUGUUGAAUCAGAAGGUGUUUCUUUCGGGGACAUGACAACAGUCCAAUGGGACAUGUUCCUGGAGAGCUUCCAGAGACUUUUGCAAGAAGCACUGAGCAAAAGGCUAGUGCCAAGUUUAGGAAAACAAUAAUAAAAGAAGACAAAGAAAAACAAAAAACAUAACCAAUAAGAUGAAAAAUCUCAAAAAGGUUAAAACAAACUUUCAGGUGUUUAUAUAGAGGUAAACAAGGUGUGCAUAUGACCCAUAGGCUAACUAUUUAAUACCUUAGAAAGCAUAUGGAUUAUAUGAGACGAGCAGAGUAAACCGUCCAGUCCAAUAUACUUGUUAUUUUUUUCUUCUUUCUCAUCUCAUAUUGUAUCAUGUUAUUCUGAGCAUUAAUUACCAUUAAAAUUUCUGUAUAAAAUCAAUUGUAAUGUAAGUAUGUAACUUGAUGUAAUCAGGAAUAUAUAAAUGCAACUCAAGUUAAGUUUACUUGUUCACAAGAUAUCAACAAACUAAUUAUUAACUCCUUGAGAAAACAGAAGAAGUAGUAGCUGUUCUAUAUGAAAUAAUGCAUCUAGAGUGCGUGCCGUUUUCUAUUUUCCAGAAAUCCACAUGUUGCCGUCUUUCUUUUUUUCUUAUCUCUUUGACUUCUUAGGCCAUGAUUAUCAGGAGGUGAUAAAAGGGUUUCUUGCUGUUCCAAUGGUGUGGGUCCCAUAAAAUGGCAAUAAUCGAUUUCAAAAGUUGUGAAAUUUCAAAAGUUGUGAAAUAAGGAAUGCAGUUUGUCCAAUUCUUACACUGUUUGCGGGCCUCACUGACAUAUGACGGUCUGCGAUUGGUUCUUUAUUUUUUUUUAAUCAGACAAAAAAAAAAUUAAGAAACCCUUAGUGGGUGUUAGGCAUAACGAUGCUCUUAGACCAUCAUUAUCGGGUCUUCUUAUAGGGUCUCUUAGUUUAAUUAUGAAUUAAAACCCACAUGUCAUCUCCUCCGAUCCAUCUCCCUCUCUUCUACGUUCCUCUAUUUUCUACGAAAUCAAUCAUCGAUCAAAAGUGGUUCAAUCGAUGAACAAAACUAUGAAAUUGGAUGUGAAUCGAUGGAUUAAUAAAAGAGAAAGAAAAAAAAGAGGGUCUUUUCUCUUUCUUCUGCGAGGGAGAGAGAGAGAGAGAGAGAGAGGAACAGAGCUCUGAUAAUGGAGAACUUGGGCUUAACAGAGCUCUAACAGUCGACUCCUCUCCUCCAAUCGAGGAGGAAGAACCCAAAACGCAGAGAUUCGACCCAGGCGCCCUUCCUCCGUUACGUCGUGAGAGAUGUGCGAUCGUGUUUGCGUUGGCUGCUGGAGCUGCUUACCUCAACAAUUGGCUUGUUUGGCCUCUCUAUUGGUUUGCUCAAGGAACCAUGUUAUGGGCUCUCUUCGUUCUUAGCCUCUAUUCUUGUCCCUUACCAUGACUGGAGAAUUAGCCACAGAACUCACCACCAGAACCAUGGACAUGUUGAGAACGACUAAUCUUGGCAUCCUAUGUCUGAGAAAAUCUACAAGAGUUUAGACAAACCCACUCGGUUCUUUAGAUUUACACUGCCUCUUGUGAUGCUUGCUUAUCCUUUCUACUUGGUCAAGACAUAGUCAAAGAAUGGAGCAUUGGGAGUUUUUUUGUGUCACGGAGUGGAGGAAGUCUUGUAGUUUUCUGUUUUGUUGUCUUGUAGCAUUGGGAAUAAGCUUGUAGUUUUUUGUCAUGGAGGAAGUCUUGUGGUUUUCAGUCACUUUUGAUCACACAUAUACUCUCUCGUUCUCAACCGACCAAGAUCAUCUUGUGUAGACAUGUUUUUCAUAAAAUGUUUAAUUUUUUUUAA